AUGAGCGGCGAGGGGAAGCAGCGCCCCGUGCGCUCCACGCGGCUGCGCGAAACGACCCUUAAGAGCAUGUUUCUACGAGCAAAGUCCCAGCCUGCUAGUAUCAAUUGCACUGCUCCCACUCACCCUGCACAGAGCAAAUCUGCAGCCACUGAUGCUUCCCCAGGGACUGCAGACGCAGUUUCUCCGAUAAUUGGCGAUCGUGUACGCGUUACAUCGCCAGAUGCGUUUGUAACAGCCGCCAUAAAUACAGCGGCUCCUUUGGAGGUUGUAAAAGAUGGUAUAGCUGUAGCAGCAUCAGCCGCCGGCGAAGCAGCGGUUCUUGACAUGGCGGGCGUAAGUGCUGCGGAAAAGGCAGUUCCUGCUGAAGUCGUUACGGCGGAGGUUGGUGGAAGCGGAAGCAAAGAGGUGGCAGCGGACGAGGAGGGAGCAUCCAUUGCGGCAGCAGCAUCAGUCCCUGGCGAACCAAAGCAUACUGACCUGGCGGGCGUAAGUGCUGCGGAAAAGGCAAUUCCUGUUUUGGUCGUUACUGCGGAGGUUGGUGGAAUUGGAAGCAAGGAGGAGGCAGCGGCUGAGACGGGAGCAACCGAUGCUGCAGCAGCAUCAGCCGCCGGCGAACCAGCGGUUACUGGCAUGGCUGCUGAAAACUCAGCGACUAAGGCAGUUCCAGAGGAGGUUGCUCCGGUGGAGGCUGAUGGAGGCAAGCAGGUGGCUGCGGCCGAGCAGGGAGCACCCAUUACGGCAACACCAGCAGCACCAAGACAUGGUCGGAGGCUGAAGCAGGGGAGUCUCUUUCAGCCAACGGCCGUGCAAGAGCGGCCAAGGAAGCCUGGAAAGCCUGCUGCUGAAGGGGCUUACACGGCCACAGCGAGUGAGAAGGCUCAGAAGGUUACUGGGACUCAGACGGCCACAGGGACUCAACAGUUUCAGAAGGUUACUGGGACUCCGACGGCUGCACGUGGCAGCUCGAAAGGGACCAGCACUGCAGCACGGCAGAAGGAGAGCAAAGGGCCUGUUUCCAGAGGAGGGAAGCGGCUGCAGCAGAUGAUGCUAGGGAUCCGGUUCGUGCCUGUGGGUGGUGAGUUUGAUAGAGGGGGAGCGGUGGUGCUACCGGUGCACUUGUGUGAUACAUAUGAAGGUGGUAAUGCUCGGGAGGGGGUGGUGGAGCGUGAUAAUAACGAAGGUGAUAAAACUUGCGCGGAGGUGGUGAAGUGUGAUACAAAGGAAGGUGAUACUGCUGGUGAGGAUGUGGAUUUGACAGCAUCAGGGGAUGAAGGGGGUGUGGGAAGGGUGAAACGAGAGGUUGGCGGUCAGGAGAAUGGUGAGGAGGCAAGGACAGAGGCGUUGGAGGGAAAGGGGGUUAAGGAAAAAGCAGAGGGGAAGGAAGAAGCAGAGGGGAAGGAAGAGGCAGGGGGAAAGGGAAAAGAGGUGGGGAAGGAACAAGGGGUGGGGAAGGAAGGGGAGGUGGGGGAGGAAGGGGAGGUGGGGGAGGAAGGGGAGGUGGGGGAGGAAGGGGAGGUGGGGGAGGAAGGGGAAAACUCGGAUGAUGAUGUGCAAGUACUUGAAGAGGAUGAGGAUGAGGAGUUAGAGGAGGGGGAAGUGGAGGCGGAAGAGGAGGAAGAGGAAGAAGAGGAGGAGGAGGAAGAAGAGGAAGAGGAGAACAUGGAGGCUAAAGUGGAGAGGGAGAAGGCACGGAUGCGAGAAGAGGCACACAAGGCAGCUCAGCUCUUUGCUCAGUCCACUACUGGUCGGCCUAUGCACUCCUUCUUUCUCCCCAGGCAACGCCAGCCAAAGCCAUGCUUCAGUUCGCUGCUGUGUGUUGUGCUGAGAACAGGACCUCUUUGCUCCGCAGCAGCAGCAUACCCUGUGCAUCAACUCUGGGCUUCCAAGUCGUGGAGGUCAACGCGUCUGACGCUCAUGACGGGGCGCUGCUUCGUGCCAACCAACCGCUCUCUUCCCCCCUUUUUCUUACCCACAAACCCGAUACUCUCCCUUGAUCAGAGUGGCAAGACAGCAGCGGCAUACGCCUGUGCAUCGUCUCUGGGCUUCCAAGUCGUGGAGGUCAACGCGUCUGACACUCGAGACGGGGCGCUGCUUCGUGGAAGGUUCUCAGAGCUCCUCUUCUCGCACCGCCUCUCUGCCAAUCGCGCCUUGCCACGUGGCACCCUUUUCUCUCGUGCUGCUGCUCCUGCUGCUGUUGCCCCUGCAAGUGCUGUUACUGCCCCUGCAACUGCUGCUGCUGCUGCCCCUGCUGCUGCUGAUGGUGGUGGUGCUGCUGCUGCCCCUGCUGCUGCUGAUGGUGGUGGUGGUGCUGCUGCUGCUGCUGCUGGUGGUGGUGGUGCUGCUGCUGCUGCUGCUGCUGCUGAUGGUGGUGGUGGUGGUGCUGCUGCUGCUGCUGCUGCUGAUGGUGGUGGUGGUGGUGCUGCUGCCCCAGCUGCGGCUAAAUCAAGGCGCAUGGGAGCGUCGGUGCUUCUAUUUGAAGACGUGGAUGUGCUUGUAGAGGAGGACAGGGGCUUCGUUACUCUGCUGGUGCAGCUGCUGAGUCCCUCCCGCCAGCGGAACAAACGGCCCAUCAUCCUUACUGCCAACUCUCCCAGCCCCAACCUUCCUGCAGCCCUCACUCGCUUCAUCAUCCCCUUCACCAGGCCCUCUGCGUCCCAAGCCCUCCCACUGCUACACAAGAUCUACAUGGAGCAAGCACCUGUUUCCGCUCCCCUGCGCCUCCCCCUCCUCCCCCUCCUCUCCCUCCUCCUCUCCUCUCUCCCCACUGACCUCCGCUCCCUCCUCCUCUUCCUCCAAUUCUGGUUACCCAGGGAAUCAACUCUCCCUCUCACCUCUACCUCUACCCUGCAUGCUUCUAUCCGCCUUGGCUUGCCACCACCUAUCGACUGCGAGAAAGGCGGCAGCGACUUUGGCAGAAGCAGGCGUGAUUGUGGAUUAGGGAAUGAUAUGGCUGUGGAGGGCAGACGGAGAAGGCUUAGAAGACGGGCAGCGAAUGGGAGGGCGGCAGCAGGAUCAGACGCAGAAGGAGCAGUAGAAGCAGCAGAGGACGGAGCAGCAGAGGACGGAGCAGCAGAGGACGGAGCAGCAGAGGACGGAGCAGCAGAGGACGGAGCAGCAGAGGACGGAGCAGCAGAGGACGGAGCAGCAGAGGACGGAGCAGCAGAGGACGGAGCAGCAGAGGACGGAGCAGCAGAGGACGGAGCAGCAGAGGACGGAGCAGCAGAGGACGGAGCAGCAGAGGACGGAGCAGCAGAGGACGGAGCAGCAGGGGCAGCAGAAGGUAGGAAGCGCGGAGAAGUUGAAUGUGAGGAAGAAAAGCAGCGGAUAAGAGAAGAAGGAGCAGCGGUGAGAGUGGGUGUUGGUGAAGGAAGAGGUGAAGCGACUCCAUGGUCAAGGGUUAUGUGUGGGCUACAGCUACCUGACUCUGAAGCGACUCCGACGCACAAGGCUCCUGAAGCUCCUCGAGAUCAGAGCGCGGUUGUGAGGUCAGAUGGGGAGGAGGAGAGGGAGGAGGAGGAGGAGGCUCCUGAAGCUCCUCCUCUGGCUUCACAAGCAGAGCACAAGGUUGUGAGGUCAGAUGGGGAGGAGGAGAGGGAGGAGAGGCAGGGAGGUCUAGAGAGCAGUCGAGACAAAGAGGGGGGUGAUGGGGUACGUGGUUCUGAUAUGGCUGUAGCAGGUGUGACUGUAGCAGACGUGGCUGUAGCAGAGGAGGUUGUAGCAGAGGAGGUUGUAGCAGAGGAGGUUGUAGCAGAGGAGGUUGUAGCAGAGGAGGUUGUAGCAGUGGAGGUUGUAGUAGACGUGGGAAGGGAAGGAUGUGGAGGGGCACAGGGUGGUAGUGUGAGGGAGCAAGAGGAAGGUGAGAAGGUGAGGGAGGAGGUUGAUAAGGGCAGAGAGGAGUUUGAGAAGGGGAAUGAGGAGGAAAGUGAAAAGGAGAAACAGGAAUGCGAUGAGAAGAGGGAGGGAGCUGGGAAUGGGCUGGAGGAAUGUGGUGAAGUGGAAGGUCAGCUGAAUGACGUGGAAGUGGAGAUGGAUGAGGUGGCAAUGGAAGCGAAUGAGGUGGCAGUGGAAGUGGAUGAGAUGAUAUUACUAACUGAUGACGUGGAGGAUGAUGAAGAUGCGUUGCUGGAGAAGCUUCUGCCACGUGGCAACACGCGAUUGGAGGAGGUGUGCUCCGCCAGCGCAGCAGACACCUGGAAGGAGCUCAAGCGCCAGCUGUCGCAUUCUGAUUGUCCAGCGGCACACAGGCCGAAUCCCGAGGCUACGACCGAGGCUCGGCAGGAGCUGACUCUGUUGACUCGGUUGACUGAGCUGACUGCCAGGCUGGCAGAAGCUGACGUCAUCUCUGGGGGUUUGACUUGCCCCAGAGUUCCCCUUGGCAGCAGGGCAAUCACUACCGCAAGGCAUUUCUGCUCAAGGCUUUAA